UGUUCAGUCGCAAUCCACUGCUGUCCGUGUGUUGGUUUCGUUCAUUCCAUCGAGUCUGUCUAUGUAGGGACGGAGGCAGUGCUAUUCCUGUUGUUUGUGACUUUUCCCUCCCUCCCUCCCUCCCUUGGAUUGGUUGGCUCCUGCCCUUUUUCGUGUGCUUCCCGCGAUGCCCAGCGUACCCUUGGCAGGAUGUCUGUGACCUCUUUGGCCAGCCCUCCCUUGAGUCCCUUGAGUGCUAGUCCCUUCAUCGACCAAAUCCCGCACGAUGCCAUCGAAGAGGGGGAAAUCCUGGGCAAAGGGUCCUAUGGAUUAGUCAUUCGGGCCCGUCUCCGACACGCCCAUUUCCACGGGGAUGAGGUGGCCAUCAAGAUCUUUCAGACGGAGUUGGAGCGGGCGGCGUUUUUGGUAGAACUGCGACAAUUGUCGCGAGUCAAACACCCCAACAUUAUCAAUCUCUUGGGGGCUUCCACCCAACCGCCCAAUGUUUACUUGGUCAUGGAAUACGCAGAGUGUGGGUCCCUUUAUAAGGUCCUGCAUCAGGUCAAACCACUCAUUCAAUAUCAUUCGGGACACGCGCUCUCCUGGGUCUUGCAAUGUGCCAUUGGGGUCCAGUACUUGCACAACCUUAAGCCCAAGCCUUUGAUUCACAGAGAUCUCAAGUCACCCAAUCUGUUGCUCGUGAAUCGCGGGUUGACCUUGAAGAUUUGCGAUUUCGGCACAGCCUGUGAUAAGCAAACCAUCAUGACCAACAACAAGGGUAGUGCCGCUUGGAUGGCACCCGAAGUGUUUGAAGGCAAUACUUACACGGAGAAAUGUGAUAUCUUUAGUUGGGGCAUCAUUCUGUGGGAGGUGCUCACUCGACGGUUACCUUUUGAUGAGAUUGGUGGCAAUGAUCUGCGUGUCUUGUGGGCCGUACACAAUGGGAAACGCCCUCCGCCUAUCCUGGAUUGCCCGGAUUUGCUCGAGGACCUCAUGGAGCGCUGCUGGGACAAGGACACGUCGGUCAGACCCACCAUUGACACCGUGGUGGAGGAAAUAACUUUUGUUCAAGAGUUCUUUCCCAGCGCCAAUUCUGAUCCCCUGACUUUCCCCGAUGAUAUCCAAGAUGAUGACGACACCUUACCCUCGGCAAGUUUUGGAUCGGCUGUGACAUCUCUCAAGUCAAAAAGCGAGGUAUGGCGACGCCAGAAUUCCCCCCAUCCUCAACGCCCUUCUCCCAACAAAAACAACAACAAUAAUAAUAAUAAUAACAACAGCAACAACAACAACAACAACAACAGCAACAACAAUCCUGUGAUCCCUGCUCUAACACUUCCCAGUACUGAUGAGUUUCCAGAGAGUUUUGCCCCUCCUAACCCCAAAGCCAGGUCAUCAGACCCUGUUUUCACUAUCAAUAACCACCACCAUCAAUCCAAACACUUGGCGGAACAUGAUCCAGACGAUCCCUCUAUUGGCUUUGAGGCUCAACCCAAACCAAAGGGUUAUUGGACACCACCAGAGGAGGCCGCGGAUUUGGACAUCCCAUCGUUGCCGGCCAUCGAUCCCAAGGCGUUUGCUAACGCUCCAUUAGAACUGACCCGGACCUCAACCUUUCAUCAAGCCACCAAAUACGCUUGGACUGAGGAUGAUAGUGGACCGAUUCCUUCGGAUAUUGAAGUGGUCAGAGGCGGCUCGUCGUCUCUCAUGCAUCUUGACCAGUCUAAUCCCAUACCCCACUCACCCUCCGGGCAUUUCUACAACCAUCACAACUCUGGAGCCAUGUUCACUGCUGAGGGCAUGGCCCCCGAGAUGAUUGGAAUCGAUACCAUGGCCCCCUUCCCAGGCACGCAUUCUCAUCGCUAUCCAUUGUCAGAUUACCGGCCCAUGGUCUCCAGCUUAAGCUCUCCGCAACUCUCAAUGCUCCGGACCCGAUCAUUUGGGCCAGGGCCCCUCCAACAAAGCAUAAGUCAACCCGCCGAUAUCCUGUCCGAUCCAGCCUCCCUGUCUCAUCUUCAUCCAUCCAUGCACCCGGGGUCGAUUGCGGGGUCUUCCAUGCCCGAGGAGCAACUUAGUCAGCGCACAGCCUCGCCCCAAAAUCGUUCGCCUCAGACUCACCGAAGGCCAGACCUGAUGUGGAACCGGCCUUCGUGGAUCAAUCCGAUUGGAACGGUCUAUCACGGUCCACCCUCGGUGGAUGAUGACUGGCGGUGGCAACAGAGGGCUAGCAAGCAUCCAACCCCGUUAGAAGGCUGUGAAUCGGCCUCGAACCGGAGCUAUAUGGCUGGAAGUGUAAAUAGCCAUUACGCGGGGGACGGAGGGGUGGUCCCGAUGUAUAUGUCGCCCGUACCUCCGCCCAUUUACUCAAAUGCUUCCAAUACGGCUUAUCCUUACGGGCAAUAUCUCACCCCUGACCAUCCCUACGACCAUUCCUACACACUUCGCCGCCGAAAUGGAGACAAAAUGACCAAAGGACUUCGGCCAAAUUCGGCUGAUGCCAAUAAACUGUUCUCGGUCCAAGAAGAUCUGGGUGGAAGCAUGGGAUCAGUAAGUGCCCGAGGGUUCCCACCACCACACUCGGAAACAUUCAAGAAAGGUCACCGCCGUUCCAGCUCUUAUGGGAGUGGGUCAGACAAAUACUAUUCGCAAUUGGGCCCACCUAACCCGUCCCAAAAUUUGGCUGAUCCUUUGUCACAAAUGAGAAGAUCCUUCUCAAAUUUAGGAGUUAAUGGCGAGCAAGUCAUGGGUGAGCCAUCAAAUGGUUCCCAAUACUACCAAGAGUAUCUUUAUGGACGCGACAUGUUCCUGGAUCGGGCUGUGGAGCAUUUGGACCCAGACCUAAGGCCUGUGGCACCUCAGCCGAAUUGCCCGCAAUCCAUGAAAAUAUACAAUGAUCAUCGAUGGUUGGCUGCGAGAUUUGUCGACGUGGAACAGGAAAUCGUGGAUCUUCAAGGAUACAAGGCCCAAUUGGAAGAGAGAUUGGCGGCGGACACUUCCAAUCUACCCCCCGAUCACGGUGCUGACAACCCUGACGAUUCCAUACCCCCUGAAGAUGUUCAAAAACUAAUGCAACUCCGUUCCGAAAAGGACGCCCUGCUCCAAUUUCAAGACAAACUUUCCACCCAACUUCAACUCAUUAAACGUGCGCGGCAGAAAUCCAAAGAUCCCUCGACGUCUUCAUCGUCAAUGCUUUUGUCAUCCCCUCCUCCAGUUUCGAGUCCUCUGGAUUCGAGUAAUAACCACGCCUUCUCUUGUGGGAAAUCCAAGCCCACGGGUGGAGUCGGUGGCAGUGGCCCCGACGACAGUUGGGUGUUCCUAAAUGACCACAAGAAGUAGUUGUUAUAGUCUAUAUGAAAUUAAGUGGCCUUUUCUACGCAAAUUGUUGUGAUAUAUACAAGAAUGUUAGAUGCAUCCGUCUUUGCUUCUCGGUCACAUCGAAUCAGAGACCUGUCCUUGCAUUGGACAUCAAGUUCUUCGCCUUGAUGCCUUGCAAUCAAAUAUUGACUAUAUACAUUUCAUGUAUAUUCACAAGUAACCUCGCUCGUGGUUAAUAAACAGUCCUGUCAAAACCAGA